AUGACAACGAUGUUCAUCCAACUGCGCUAUGUGGUGUACCCGUUGGUAUUACUGCAGUGCUGUGUGUUUGUGGUCCACGCGGUCGAAAACAAUAUUCCUCCACCUGACCCUGAUGUUCCAAAGGCCGUGGAGUAUAUGAAGGAUUUUGUGAAUCAGACGACAUAUUUUCUUGCGCAGGGUUCGGCAUGUACGAACACGUGGGAUCGACAUUUAAAGUAUUGUGUUUCAAAUUCCACAGCCGCAGAAGAAGCGGCCAAGGAGAUGAAGACGUUGUUGGAGGCGGUUCGUGAGGCAAAGAAGAAGGACGGAGGCGUGGUCAGUGAAGGAGGAAAGAAGGCAAGCGCUGAGGUCCGAAAGGUGUUGGGGGACGUAUUGGAGAAGAUGAAAGCCAAGAAGGGAGUGGUCGCCAAGGCGCGUGCCGAGGUCGAGAAUACCAGGAGGUUGUUUGAGAUAUGUAGGAUUACUUAUGUGAACAUGGGUGAUUGGAUAGGUGGGCGUCAUGAUUCCGCACGGCCCUACUACUUUGGUUUGAUUGAAGAAGAAAAUAGGAGAAAACCGACAAAUGAUUUGGAGGUACUGUACAGACGCGGUAAAUCUUCGGAAGAGAGUCUCCUCCAGCUAUAUGCGACACUCGACAGAUUCACGCUCAAAAGUCGCGCGCACACGGGUGAAGUCAACGGUCACGUGGUGAAGGCGCAGGCCGCGAUGGAGGAGGCAUACAGGGGCCUCGCUGCCGUAAAGGAAUUGGUUGACGAGGGGGAAGUGCAAUUUAAGAACGAUGUGGAAAAACUAAGGGAUAUUGUGAAGCCGUUGGAGCAGGCAGGGGAAUCGGGAGGCGCUGCGGGAACAGGUGGUCCUUCGGUGGGGGACACAGAGGUACCCAAAAGUAGCAUGGUAAGUACGGGUGGGGGGAUGAUUGCUCCGGUGCGUCUCGAUCCAUCGAACACCAGUGGUGUUGUGGAAGAGCUGGAGGAAGAAAAAAAGAAAGAGACCAAGCGUGUGGUACAGGAAAAAAAAGAAGAAGAACGGAGGCUGUUGAGUGAAGCAGAGGAGAGGGAACGACAAAGAAAAGCAGAAGCGGACAAAAGGAUUGCAGAAGAAAGGUCGAGAGAAGAGGAAAAAAAGAGGCUGGCUGAAAAAGAGGAACUGGCCGCAAAGGAAAGGGAACGGGUGGCGGAGGCGCAGCAACGGGCUGAAGAAGAAAGAAAGAAACUGGAGAAACUGGCUGAAGAGGAGAAGGCGAGAAAAGCAAAGGAGGAAUUGGCGAAGAAUACCAAAAGAAGGAAAGACGGCACCAGCAGCCCUGCAUUGAUGCACAGAUCCUUAUUGUUGCUUCUGUUGUGUGUGUUGGGUUACACUCUCGUUUGUUGA